ACUUUCAGUUUCAGCUAUAUAUAAUGAUUCUCUAACCUAACUAAUCUAACUUCUUCACUCUUUCGACGGAGGAUACCACCAUUUCCAGCUUCAUCGUCUUCUCUAUUCAGUAGCACUCAAAGUCAGAGAUGGGGAGUUUCGAGAAGAUCAAGGUCCACAAUCCCAUCGUCGAAAUGGACGGGGAUGAAAUGACGCGAGUUAUAUGGAAAUCAAUUAAGGAAAAGUUAAUAUUACCAUUUCUGGAGCUAGAUAUCAAGUAUUUUGACCUCGGGCUUCCGAAUCGCGAUGCUACUGAUGAUAGAGUUACUGUGGAAAGUGCAGAAGCUACUCUGAAGUACAAUGUGGCGAUCAAAUGUGCAACCAUAACUCCUGAUGAAGAUAGGGUUAAGGAGUUCAACUUGAAACAAAUGUGGAAGAGUCCAAAUGGAACGAUCAGAAACAUCAUAAAUGGCACUGUAUUUAGGGAACCAAUUAUCUGCAGAAAUGUCCCUCGACUUGUCCCAAGUUGGACUAAGCCAAUAUGCAUUGGAAGGCAUGCUUUUGGGGAUCAGUAUAAAGCUACCGAUGUUGUUAUUCAAGGAGCUGGAAAACUUAAGCUAAUAUUUGAACCAGAGGGGGGGAGAGGUGAGAAAAUAGAAGCAGAGGUUUACAGCUUUACUGGUGCUGGUGGAGUUGCUCUCUCUAUGUAUAACACUGAUGAGUCGAUUCGUGCUUUUGCUGAAUCUUCAAUGAGCACUGCCUACCAAAAAGGCUGGCCACUCUAUCUUAGCACAAAAAAUACUAUCCUGAAGAAAUAUGAUGGCAGAUUCAAGGACAUCUUUCAAGAAGUUUAUGAGAGUCAAUGGAAAUCCAAGUUUGAAGCUGCGGGGAUAUGGUAUGAGCACCGUCUUAUUGAUGAUAUGGUUGCAUAUGCCCUAAAGAGUGAAGGAGGUUAUGUUUGGGCAUGCAAGAACUACGAUGGAGAUGUACAGAGUGAUUUUCUAGCCCAAGGUUUUGGUUCCCUUGGUUUGAUGGCGUCGGUGCUGGUUUGCCCAGAUGGUAAGACCAUUGAAGCUGAGGCAGCCCAUGGUACAGUCACCCGCCAUUACCGGGUUCACCAAAAAGGAGGUGAAACUAGCACAAACAGUAUAGCCUCAAUUUUUGCUUGGUCAAGAGGGCUUGCUCACAGGGCAAAGUUGGAUGAAAAUGACAGGUUGUUGGAUUUCACUCAGAAAUUGGAACAAGCAUGUAUUGGUAGUGUUGAAUCUGGGAAAAUGACCAAAGAUCUCUCCCUUCUUAUUCAUGGGGCUAAGGUUACUCGGGAUAAGUUCUUGAACACAGAGGAUUUCAUUGAUGCUGUGGCGGAAGAGCUGAGGGCAAGACUGUAUGUAAAAUCGAAGUUAUAGAUUGUUGAUUGGUAAAAACCCUAAUAAUGCGCCAUUGUUGUGCCUUGAAAAGUUGGUAGAUAAACUUUUAAGAUUUAUUUGAUACUAUUUAAAUUUCAGGUA